AUUUGCUUGCAUGCUGCGUUCUGCUCCUCUCACUGCUCUGACUGGGUGAGUGGAAGGGAAAAUCAGACUAGAAACUCAGCACUCUGUGCCACACUGGGAGUGCCUUUAGGAGAGUGAGACAGAGAGGGAGCGGGUUAGAGAGGUGGGGGUUGUUUGCAGGAAGAGGAGGUCAGUCAAGCAGUGGUUGCAAGGAAGAGGUAGAGAGCAGUUUUUAGCCCUCUUGAAUAUUUCAUAAGGUAGAUCCUCCAACGUCAGGCUACCUGGAUGGACUGAGAGAAAGAGUUUGUAAUUGGGUCGGCAUUUAGCUGGCAUCAGGACCAGGGGGGAGAUGGGAGAGCGGCGCAGUUGAGAAGAGGAAUUUUUCUUGAGUGACCCUGCCGUGUAGCCUCAGAUAAAGAAAAGAUCUGCAGGAAGACACCGGGGAUGAACCAAAACAAAAGGGAAAGACAGAGGGCUCAACUGCUGGCUGGCUAAUCCUUAAACCUGUCAGAAACAGGAAACACAAGGAAUCAAGUUCACAUGAAAGGCAGAUUGCUCAGAAUCUGACAGGAAUUACAGUCUGUCAAACGGGAGCCAACAGCAUCCUGCAGGUAUGUCGUCCAACGAGCUGAGCGUGGAGAUGGACUCCUGCAUACGGACGUUCAAGGAGCACAUGCACCUGGAGCUGGAACCACCGAAGAUGCCGGGUGUGGUGGGAGGCAAGAGGGGAGCGACGUCUCCCAAACUAUCCCCGAGAAGCUCCCCGCGGCUCUUCCGCAAGCUGAUGGUGAAUAAGAGCAUCCGACAGAGGCGCCGCUUCACCGUGGCUCACACCUGCUUUGAUGUGGAGAAUGGCCCGUCUGCAGGCUGCAGCCCUCUGGACCCCCAGGCUUCUCCCGGCUCAGGUCUGGUCCUCCACACCAACUUCCCAGGACAUAACCAGCGCCGGGAGUCCUUCCUCUAUCGCUCUGACAGCGACUAUGAGCUUUCCCCCAAGUCCAUGUCACGAAACUCCUCCAUCGCCUCUGAACUACAUGGUGAUGACCUGAUUGUGACUCCAUUUGCUCAGGUUUUGGCCAGCCUUCGAAGUGUUAGGAAUAACUUCACCGUUCUGACUAAUGUCCAGUGUGCCUCAAGCAAGAGGUCUCCAGCUGCAACAGCUCAGCCUCCCAUCACCAGAGUUUGUCUGCCAGAUGAGGCGUACCAGAAGCUGGCUAUGGAAACCAUGGAGGAGCUGGACUGGUGUCUUGACCAGCUGGAGACCAUCCAGACCUACCGGUCUGUCAGUGACAUGGCCUCCAAUAAGUUUAAGAGAAUGUUGAAUCGGGAGCUGACGCACCUAUCCGAGAUGAGUCGGUCCGGGAAUCAGGUUUCCGAAUUCAUCUCCAACACCUUCCUAGACAAGCAGAAUGAGGUGGAGAUCCCGUCGCCGACAUCCAAGAUGCGAGAAAAAAAGAAGCAGCAGAAACAGCAGCUGAUGACACAGAUCAGCGGAGUCAAGAAGGUUUCCCACGGAUCGUCGCUGUCCAACAGCAGCAUAUCGCGCUUCGGCGUCAAGACGGAUAAAGAGGAGCAGCUGUCGAAGGAGCUGGAGGACCUGAACAAAUGGGGUCUAAACAUUUUCACCGUGUCCGAAUACUCCAACCACCGACCUCUGACCUGCAUCAUGUAUGCUAUAUUCCAGGAGCGUGAUUUGUUAAAGACUUUCAAGAUUCCGGCUGAUACUUUCGUGGCAUACAUGAUGACACUGGAGGAUCAUUACCAUGCAGAUGUGGCUUACCAUAACAGUCUUCAUGCUGCUGACGUAGCUCAGUCAACGCACAUCCUUCUCUCCACACCCGCCCUGGAUGCGGUCUUCACAGAUCUUGAGAUCCUAGCGGCCAUCUUUGCUGCUGCAAUCCAUGAUGUUGAUCAUCCUGGAGUAUCAAACCAAUUUCUAAUCAAUACCAAUUCUGAGCUGGCGCUGAUGUACAACGACGAGUCUGUGCUGGAGAACCAUCAUUUAGCUGUGGGCUUCAAGCUGCUACAGGAAGACAACUGUGACAUCUUCCAGAACCUCAAAAAGAAGGAGAGACAGUCCCACCGCAAGAUGGUUAUUGACAUGGUUUUGGCUACUGACAUGUCCAAACACAUGAGUCUGUUGGCCGACCUGAAGACUAUGGUUGAAACCAAGAAGGUGACCAGCUCCGGAGUGCUGCUGCUAGACAAUUACACAGACAGGAUACAGGUGCUGCGUAACAUGGUGCACUGUGCCGAUCUGAGCAACCCCACAAAGUCUUUGGAGCUGUAUCGUCAGUGGACUGACCGCAUUAUGGAGGAGUUUUUCCACCAGGGGGACAGAGAGAGGGAGCGGGGGAUGGAGAUCAGCCCCAUGUGUGAUAAGCACACAGCAUCUGUGGAAAAGAGUCAGGUGGGUUUUAUUGACUACAUCGUUCACCCCCUGUGGGAGACCUGGGCGGACUUGGUUCACCCCGAUGCUCAGGACAUUCUGGACACAUUAGAAGACAACAGAAACUGGUACCAGAGCAUGAUUCCCCAAAGUCCCUCCCCACCCUUUUAUGACCAGGGUACGCAUGGACACAGCGGAGGAGGACAAGGAGGAGGGGAGAAAUUUCAAUUUGACUUGACGUUGGAGGAGGAAGACUUAGACGGGAUGGAAAAAGACGGUGACGGGGAGGAUGAGGAAGGAGAAGAUGAAGAAAUAGAGUUGGAGGAUAGUCUCCCGAACUCCCGUUCCCCUCCUACGGACUGUUUGGACAGUCAGGCUGAAGAAGAAGAAGACAUCACGAUUGAGCCUAUGACGGCGAUAGAGAUCGUGACGCACGAAGCCUCACCUACAGACACAUAGGGCUUCCAGCAACAUGCUGUGAUGGUGAUUUGAAAGUUUUUAGAAAAGAGGUGGUUACCCUCUUGGAGCUGUUGCUUUUUAAGAAGCCCGCAGAAGCGAGGGCUUAGUUUUGGCCCGCUGAGGGGCAAAUUGCACUUGGGUGUUUGAAGCCAGACACAGAUGGACAGUUUCACAGAGGUGGCUUCAGAGUUCUCAGGAAUUACUUGCUGCGAACAUUUUAGUCUCGAUGGACGAAAGUGGAACUUGAAGGAUUUCAGCCAGUUUGAAAAAUGGCUCCUUUUCUUUUCUGGACUUGCAUUACAUGGACAAUGACACUACUGAGAGAAGUUUUGUACCUUAAAAUGUUUUGUUUUUUUUGUCUUUUUUUUACAGAUAUAAGAUCUUGAAGUAGCAUAGAGUAAGAUCUACUGAUGGAGACACAUUUGUAUAGAAAGAGAAAGUGUUUACUUAUUUCUGUACCAUUUGUCUAAGGACUUUUUGUGUGCCUUUUUUACAACUGUCUUUAUAAUAGUUUUUUAUUUAUUAAACACACUAGUAUUUGUGAAAUACUUUUAUUUCCUUUAUGAAAAAAGUAAAAAAAGAAGCUUUUUUUGUGUGUUAAAGAGCAAAGUCUUCCACGUAUUGGGCAAUAGUGAAAUCCAAGCAAAUGUCUUGGACUCGUCUACAUGAAAUGAGAAAAUGUAUACCAUCAUUACACAAUUUGUUUUCCAUCAGAGUACAGAUGGAAUCCCCAUGAGUUUAGUUCAAGUUCAUGAUGCAUUUUGGAUCAGUCCAUGAAUGUCUCUAUUUGCACCUAAACACAUAUUUUUCUAUCCUCCACUUUUUUUUGGGGGGGGGGGUGACCUGCAAACCAUUGAGCUUUUCUGCUUUUUCACCCAAAUAACAUUUGGGGCUAUUUUCUCAACAUCCAUGUAGUUUAGGCAAAUAAUUUGAUCCGGUAAAGUGUUUAAUAACAUGACACUAUUGGUUCUUGACAUCCUGCAGCUUGGAUCAAGUAUAAAACGGGAAAUUAAGUCUGCCAAAGACGAAAUGCACAACAGUGGCGAGUCUAUUUUUAGCUCCCAGGUAUGCUCCAGUCCUAAUAAUCCUGUUAGCCGGACGAGGUUCAGAACCCAGAUCUGUCUGAUGUAACACGCCGCUGCAUUUCCCACAAUCAGGACCAGAACUGAUGAUUAAAGGUGCAAUUACUGCAGCCUUUGAAACACACUGAUGGAGAGAAUUCACAUGGUUUACACAUCCCUCUGGGCUCUGACACAACAACCCCAAAAAUAAGAAUCUGCUAACCAACAUCAGCUGAAUCCAGCAGGACGCAGUAAAGCACAGAACCUGUAAAGGAACUAGAAAUGCUCCUAAAAGCUUUAAAAUGGUUUGCAGACCCUCCUACAUCUGAUCAUAAUGGAUACCCUAGCUGCAUAAAUCCGCUCACUUUCAUAUAGGUUUACUAAUGCUCAAAGGUACUUAGUUAAAUUUCCCCAAAGCAUGCUUUAGUGGCAAUCAUGUGUGCAGUAUGUGUGUUUUAUAUUGGAGUCCCAUCGUCUGUGUGUGUUUGGAUCAGGCCUUACCAUCCUUAAAUAACCUUAAAUUUGUCUCCAUCUUUUGUCGCUAUGAGCUCAAGUUGGUCCUUUUUGCUGUUUAUAACAGUGUGUAUUUAUUCUCUACUUUUAGCUUGUAAAUAACAAAUACUGGUUUAGUGUAAAAUCUAUUUUAAUUUAUAUGCACUUGCAUUACCUGGAAGUGGUGGUGUCUAAUGUGUAGAAGACUCUGGAAUAGUCUUUUUUUAUAUAAAUGUAGAUUGUUUUUACAUAAAUAUAUAUAUAUAAUUAUAUAUAAGUAUAUAUUCGCACAAUAUUUUGAGUGCCCAGCAGAGCAGCAGCUAAAGAGGCAUGUUGAGUCAUAUGAAAACCUUGUAACUACGAGUUUUUUUGUUUUUUUUUUAUGCUGCUUUGUUUUUUUUCACAUUAAAAUUACAACUUACUGAUGCACAAGCAUAAACCAAAAAUGUUUGUAAUAUUAAUAAAUAUGACAAUAAAUUUAAUAGGGACCUUUUUUUCAAAUGUAAUCCUUUUUUCCAGUUAAUCAUCUUGGGUUACAAGGCUUUUAUGUGACAUCAGCAGUUUGGUAACCAAAAGGCCACAUGGAGGACAUUUAAACUGUAUAGGCUAAUAAAGCUGAUAGGUUACAUUCAAUUUAGCUAAGAGAUAUUGAAGCUAAGUAUUGCUACGUUUCAAAGUACACAAAUAGCUCAAUUCUGUCAGAAUUGACAGUCCACAUAAGCCAGACAGAAUUUGACAGACAAACACAAAGUGAAUGUCUCCUUUUACCCCCAAUGCACUUCAUCUAAAGUAGGGGACAUCAUCAGUAGCAUGCUAUAAUAUGCCCAGCACUAAUGCUAGUUGUUCUGAGUUAACAAAUCCCAAUCUUGCAUAACUGUGCUAAUGUGUGAACUCUUCUGACCAAACUCGUUAGCAGUUUUGACAGACGGAUUUGUCAGUAUUAAUGUUAUCUAUGUUCAAGCUUUUUUAGGUCCUAGUUGUGUCCAAAUGGUUAGCCAGAUUCAGCACUAUCUGCAUGAAAGAUGGGUUGCUUUAUUUUUUAUUGUCAAUCUGUUUAAAUCCACCAGUUGUUGGAGGUGGCUUAAUAAAUGUUUCACACAAUGUAUGGUAUGAUAUUGUAUAUUGUGUUUAAAAUGAAAUCUGAAAUACUUUUUUAUCAGGUGAUUAAAAGCGAAGCAUGAAUAUA